AUGAGAUGGUCCUACAGGCAAGGAGCCAUCAAGGUGGAUGCGUAUAGACCGAUAUUGGACGAGCUGACACCUAUAGAUGUCAUAUGGCGCCCAUUUGAGGAUCAUAGACAUCAUCGAGCUUUUAACGAGUUAUCUCUGUACAGAGUUUUUCUCGUUUGGGGUGAGUUACAUGUGCUAUACUUACCUGACAGGUGUCUUCGGCAGUUUGGUUAUUGUCAAUAUAUUCCGCCUGCACCUCCUGCUGAUACGCUCAGCAAUGAUGAGAUUGUUGUGGAGUGGAUUGCUUAUGUCCAGAGCGUGACAGAUGUGAUUAGAGAUACACGGCCAGUGGGAUACCCUCAUGAGACGGUUGAUGGAUAUUUAGAGUGGUAUUACCGCGUUUCGCAUCCUCAGGUGGUGCCUCCCCCACCUAGUGCGCGUAGAGAGGUUGCAGUUCCUGUCUUUGAGGCAGGACCAGCUGAUCCGGAUUGGGCUCGUGCCUCCACAUUGGUGCACCGUUAUCUCCGGCAGGUAGAGGCAGAGGAGGAUGAUGUCACAUAUGCUGAUUUAUUUGAGGUGUUACGCAUCGCCCGUGAGCAUUGA